AUGCAUUUGCCAUCCGACCACAAAAUAAGCCAGAACAGCUACAAAUGGAUCGCAAAAGCAGUCGAAUCUCUCGACCCUGAAACCGACUACGAACUCAUCUGGCGCCUAACGUCGAGCUAUGACCUCUCAGACUUUGCCAACAACCUAAUCUACACCCUCACCUUCCCUAAUUUCGUCGUAUCAAGCCAUGGAUCUACACCUGUCUGGCGUUCAGAUGGCGGCAAAGUAGUCCACAAAGCGAGCGAUCGUGUCGACAGGACGGAGCAGUACAACAUGGCCUGGUGGUACUACGGCCCCAGCGACCAACGCUGUCGAGAUGCCGUUGAGAGGAUCAACCAACUGCACGCAGGUUUAGCGAGCCGAUACCCAGACACCUUCACCCACAACGAAGACUACGUGUACACGCUCACCUUCAGCGCUGUGCUCAUGCAUCGUCUCCGACUACGCCUGGGGCUCUCAGGCUUUAAUGAUAAGCAGAAGAUUGCGGCCCAUCACUUCUGGCGGGACAUGAUGCCGUUGUUCAAGCUUGAAGGCAAAGGCGUGCCAAUCACUGGCUUUCCAGACGACUUUGAAGGCUGCAUUACGUUCUGUGAGACCUAUGAGAACACCCCUCGCGAAUAUGAUGAGAGGGCGCGCUAUAUUGGACUGUCGAUUUUCAACCUCUUUGCAUAUCGGUACUUUCCUCCGGGGUUGCGGUGGUUUGGCAUGGCAUUUCCCCGUACGCUCUCGCUGACUACGACGUUGAAGUACUUCCGCAUUGAGCCGGCCAAUGCAGUACUUGGAGCGGUCAUCGUGUUCAUCGUGAGGACAAUGUUCCUCAUCUCAGAAGCCUUGCUGCCUGAUCCUAAAGUACCCUUCUUCGAGCAACUGGAGACCUUGCCGGAGGUGGAAGUGAAGAAGCGCAAGGAGGAGAGCAGGAAGCUGGAUAAAUCAUACGAAGCAUUCAUCAAGGAGAAGAUGAGCGGCCCAGGGUGCCCAUUCAGUGCGAAGAUGUAG